UAACUAAGAUCGUUUUCAGUCCGAGCCCAUCAUCUGAGUCGUCCACACUGAUUGGACUUUUCUAGCGUCGGCUUAGAAUAGUCCCGUCACAACUUCAUCGUCAUCAUCGCGGACAGUACUGAUGCAGCUUGGAUGAAAUUUAUCUCUAGUUCAUCCCUCAUCCAGGAAAUUGUCCUAGGCCCACCAAACGCAUUGCGAAAUAAUUUUAGAACGACACGAAGAUAAAUACAUACGUUGAAUUAGGGAGAAGAAUAGUUUUGCUUUUGCCUACCAAGACGGCAAAUUAUAUAAUACCUACUCCGAUGUGGUUGUGAAACUUUGUGAAAUUUAAAAAAAUAUAAUAAGUGAAAAUGAGAACGGUUUGGAUCCUAUUGCUGUUUGGCUCAUUAAUCACCUAUCACUUCCUUCCGCCAGCCUCAGGUGAAGGGGUGCCAUCAACGGACCCCAAACCAUCUUUUGACCAAUGUAAGCCUUAUGUCGACGCUGCUCUCAAGACUGGAAGUAGUCCUCAGGAGGAGGAAAGUAGUUCUAAUUCUCAAGCCGGCGUAGGCGAUUCGCCCCCCGAUCAAAAUUCCGAUGAGGAUGAUGACAAAACCGGAGAACAGGACAGUGGAGAGGGAGACGGCUCAAAGGAGGACACGGACGGAAAUUCGAAAGAUGACAGCGAUGAAGACGGUGAUACAAAAGAAGAGGGUGCAGAUGAUGAUGAUUCAAAACAAGUGAAAGCAGAAAGUGGCGAGUCUGAAGAAGAUGGAAAACCUUCGAAUGAAGGCGACGAUGGUGCCGACUCUAAAGAAUCAGACGAGGACUCGAAGGAAGGUGAUAAGGGAACAGAGGAAGAUGAUACUACCGAUUCCAAAGAGAAAGUAGAUGCUUCUGAUGAGAAUGACAGCCAUGACUCAACUGAAGGGGACGCCCAAUCUCAAGAAGCCGCCGACGACGACGAGUCCAAAGAGGGUAGCGAUGGCGAAGGGUCCAAAGAGGGUGACGAUAGCGAAGAGUCCAAAGAAGGUGGCGAUGGCGAAGAGUCCAAAGAGUCCAAAGAAGGUGACGAAGACGAUUCAAAGCCAGACACUUCGAGUGCAGAAGAUGACACCCCAACUGAUGGAAACUCUUCACAAGAUUCGGGAGAAGAGGCAGAAUCAGACGGAACCCUUUCAGAUAAUGUGGCCGACCAAGCUGACGAAUCCGAGUCUGCAGAAAGCAAAGAAGAAGAAGAAGCACAAGAAGAUCAACAUUCAUCCGAAAACGCUUCAACUACCGAAUCUAAGGCAGAUGUAAGUGGCGAGGAUGAAAAGUCCGAUGAGAGCAAGGAGGACGAUGACGGCAAGUCCGAAGAAGGGAAAGAUAAGAGUGAUGAUGAUGGCAAGUCGUCGGAGGAGGAAGGUCACGAUGAAAAAUCUGGAGAAGAGGCAGCUGAUGAUGAUGACAGCAAGUCUGUGGAAGCCGGAGAUGUAAAAGAUGAUGACAAAUCCGAGGAAGACGGUAAAACGGAAGAGACAAAAUCAGGAGAGGAUAAUGAUAGCACGUCUGGAGAAGAUGACGAUGGGAAGUCUGGAGAAGAUAGCGAUGGUAAAUCUGAAGAGGAAGAAGGCACCGAAGAAAAGUCAGGUGAAGAUGAUGAUUCAAAAUCUGGUGAAAGCGAAGGUGGUGACGAAUCAGACGAGGAUUCUGAAGAAGUGGAACCCUAUAUUCCUCGACCUAGAGACCAUGUCACUGAACUUUUGGGGUUGGACGACUCGGACCGGACGAAAACAACUUUCUCCCUUCUAAACCAGGCAACCCAAAUUACCCUCAAAGAGCUCAAACGAAUCUACGAAAAUGCGAUCAAACCCCUCGAAAAUGUUUAUAAACUUCGAGACUUGAGCAAUCGUCAUUUUGGAGAUCCAGAAAUCUUCUCAAAGCCAUUGGUUCUGCUUAUGGGACCGUGGUCCGGAGGCAAGUCGACUAUUAUCAACUGGCUGUUGGAUAUCAAAGACGAGGAUGCUGCCCUUCGAACUGGGGCUGAUCCAUCACCAGCACAAUUCAAUAUUAUGAUGUACGGAAAGGAAGAAGAGGUGCUGGAUGGAACACAACUUGCUGCCGAUUGGACAUUUUCUGGUUUGCAGAAAUUUGGUCAAUCUUUCUUGGAUCGUCUCCGCGGCCGAAAAUUGCCAAACAGGCUGCUGGAAAAGGUUAAUAUUGUAGAAAUUCCAGGAAUUUUAGAAGUUCGGAAACAAGUCGAACGCAGCUUUCCCUUUAACGACGCUUGCCAAUGGUUUAUUGACCGUGCUGAUGUCCUAUUUCUCGUGUACGACCCAAGCAAAUUAGAUAUUGGGCCAGAGACGGAAGCAAUUUUGGAUCAACUUAAGGGAAGAGAAAGCCAGGUUAGAAUUAUUCUCAACAAAGCGGAUACCGUGACGCCUGAUGAACUUUUACGAGUUCAAGCAAUGCUCGUGUGGAAUAUUAGUCCUCUCAUGUCAAGUGCAGAACCACCAGUGAUGUACGCUGCUUCGCUUUGGGAUCGACCACUGCUACCUGACUCUCCGAAAUCUUUGCUAAUGGCUCAUGAAAACCACUUUUUGAAGGAUAUCAGGGAUGGUAUUGAAAAACAGGUGGAAACGAGAAUUGCUGCUGCCCGAAGAUUUGCUGUCCGAGUUCGAAAUCAUGCAAAAAUGGUGGACUGCUACCUGAACACGUACCACAACCACCGCUCCUUCUUUUCUGACAAGAAGAAAGUGUCCAACGAUAUUAUUGACCAUCCACAGAAUUAUCACAUCUAUGAAGGCCUGUCGACUCUGACAAACAUUUCGCGAUACGAUCUCCCAGACCCGGAUACUUACAAGGACUUUUUCAAACUUAAUCACCUUUGGGAUUUUCCAACUUUAGCUUCAACGUGCAGUUACUUUAAAGGAUGUCCCAUCAACAAAUUAGAUAUUGCAAUUGCAUAUGAACUACCGGAACUUCUUGGGAAAUUCAGACGACAAAGGGAAGCAAUUUUAACUGCUCAAGCUCAAAAAGCUUCCGCUACUCCAAAAUAACGUGAUUAUUCAGAACGAAUUGGAUAAUUACACAAAUUCACCGUUAACCGUGCCCCUGCCAUUACAGCGUACUGAGACACAACAACUGGACAAUAUCUAGAUAAGUAGAUAUAUAUACAUUAGCUUAAUAAAAACAAGUACUGUACGUACGCAAUAAUACUAAAAAACACAUUUACACAAGCUGGAGAGAGAAUGUCAAUUAGCCAAAAUCCCUGUUGUUUUAUGGAUAAUAAUUGUUGAAGGGUGGCACAAGGUAACACUACAACUGUAACCUGACUUCAGCCAGCAACACCCUCUAUUUCCACAACUUCCGAAUGCCAGAAGAAUAUUUUGUGGUAAUUUCUUCAAACUCUUAAUUUUAACUAUGUAUUUAUGUACGUUAGGUCGUGUAGAUAGAAAACAGACUGUAAUUUUAAAAUGUUCAUAAGAUAUUGAAGUGACUGCAUCCAAACAACUGAUUGAUUACACAUGUAUAUUCUGAUUUGGAGAAUGUGUGACCUAGGUCUUAAUAAUUUAAAGAGUUAUAUUCCCGUUCUCAACGAUCUGCAUAUUGGUGUGUAAUUUGUUGCCAAUCUGUAAAACUUCGCAAAAAGAAAACCCCAGAAAAAUAUACAGCCCUGGAUAUUAGGAUAGACUACACAUACAGGCUGUUGUGAUAAACUCAUAAACUAAUCAUUACGAAAUAAAAACAAAAUCAGUCAAACACCAAUUACAAAAGGGGCAAUUAAUAUGCACAUCGUUGUGUGGAUAUACAGGACCGUCCAUCAAUUUUCGGAUACACAGUAUAAAGUGUAUGUCUGCCUGUGUUGUAUAUACUUAAAGGUCUGGGAGUUUGACUAAAUGUAAUUUUCUGACAUGAUGAAUUUAAUAAAUGAAAAAACCCGAAAA